AUGGUGUUUACGUCAAUCUUGGUGUCCGGUGUUUUGUUGGCGAGUGCGACGUUGGCGAUAGACUUGACGUUGUCGCCAGGCGCGAGAGGUGGCGACGUCGUGGCCGCAGUGGUUGACAGAAUCCGGUCUAAGUGCAUCUUUCCCAACGACCGCCUGUUUCUGCGCCGACUGGCCUACGUGGAGACGAGAGAUGGGGAAGACUCGAGGACGUACCGGGCCGGGUAUCACGGAGGAAUAUGGCAGGUCGACUCUCUCAAACUGAUGGUUUCUCAAACAUGUAUGUCGCGGACUAUUCGGGAAUGCAAUCUUAUCCAAUCAGAAUUCGGAAUCAACUGGCCGCGCGUCAGGUGGGCGGAGCUCCGGAAGCCGCUCUACUCGGGAUUGGCUGCUGCUAUGUUCAUUCUAACAAAGAUGGCCAAUCAGAUUCCGGGAGACAUGGCGGGUCAAGCUCAGUUUUGGCGGUACAACUUCAAUUCCUUUGGCAACAUCGCCACGUUCGUUAACCGUGCUGAAACUCUUCGAGAUAAUGUUUGCACCGACAACGUCAUUGACCUCGCUUUCAUCCUCGAUGGAUCCGGAAGUAUUCUUCCGGGUGACUUCACACGCACCCUGGUGUUUGUUAGAAACGUCAUUUCCGGUUUGGACAUCUCGCCGAGCACCGCAAGAGUUGCGGCGGUGGAAUAUGGCGACACUGUGGCUGUGAACUUCAAAUUCAACCAGUAUUCGUCAAAGCAGUCUUUACUGACGGCGGUUUCCAAAAUUAAUAAACGUCACGGCGGCACCAACACGGCUGCUGCUCUCGGGAACGUGACCAGCAUCAUUUUCAACCAGUUGAACGGGGCCCGCCCUGACGCCAAACACAUCGCCAUUCUGCUGACAGACGGCGUCUCCAAAAACGUCACCCAGACCAUACACGCGGCCAACGACCUCAGGUCAAAGGGCGUCACCGUGUUUGCCAUUGGCGUAGGGAAUGUCAAUCAGGCAGAACUUAUGGGCGUGGCAUCGAAUCCCAGUUGCACUCGCAUGUUUCUACUGGAUAACUUCCGGGAGAUUGACAGCCUCAUGUACGAGUUGCGGAAAAGUUCGUGUGAAGCUCCGAAUAUACUUGGAGGAAACGGCGUAGGCACCGGUGGCAGUGGAAACAGUAUAACAAGGGAGAUAAACAACGGUACUGACAAGACUACUGUGGUUAUUCCCCCUGACCAACAGACUGGUAACAACGGUGACACAGAUAAAGUGUUUAAAGCUGAAGUUGAGUGUGGCUCCCUUCAAAUAUAUUCAUCAUAUGACACGCCCAACCCCGGACCAGCAUUCCAUCAAAACAAGAACCAAGCGACAGACGGCAGUCCCGCCAUUUUGCAUUUUACCGCCACUCAGAAAGGGAGACCACUCUACAUUACAGUGGUGGGAACGAGGCUCGACUCGACGGACAAGGUCGCCAGUUGCGUGUCAUCCAAGUAUACCCUGAGUAUUGUGGACAAAUCCUCACUUCAGGUGAAACAGACGACGGAUGUCAUUUGUCGUACAGCAGGAAUUGAAAAACCGUGUACUGUGACGGACAUCAGGAACAGUAAUCUCGGAAACUACAUCUGCCCAGUCCAAAGUACACCCUACAUUUCGCCGACAAACCCAUGUACACCGGAAGCUGUAGCUAACGACGACCUCGUCCAUCCACAUCCCACUGACGUCACCAAGUUCAUCUUCUGUGACGUCAGUGGCAAGAUGUACAUUACUCAGUGCCCUGUAGGCGAGGUGUACAAUGCAUCGACCGGAAGCUGUAACCAUGGAACCGUCGAGGUGACGAAUGGCGUGUCACUUGGAUCUGACGUCACGAACCCUUGUACAAGCGCCAACCUCGCAUUGGGCAACCUCUACUUCCCUCAUCCAGCCUACCACACCCAGUUCAUCCAGUGUGACCUGUUUGGAAAGGCCUGGGUUAUGAAAUGUCCGCCAGGCCAGUCUUGGCAUCAGGACCUGCUCACGUGCUCCAGUAAGAGCCAGGAUGUUGGCCGCCAGACGUCAGUGAACCCAGCCUCUCUGUGUCAGGCCAGUGGAGAGAUGUAUACGCAUCCUUCUGACUCGACCAAGUUCGUGCACUGCACGGGCAGACACAGAGGAGUUGUUCAAAUGUGUCCAGCAAGUUUAGUCUUCAGUCAGGCCAAACGGGCCUGUGAUUGGCCGUAAGAUAUUGGAUGUUUUCGCAAUGCUCUUCAUAUUGGUCGGAAAGACACCGAUAAUAGAUUUGUGUUAUGAACUCAAACUAUAUAUAUAUUUAAUCAGGCUAUGCCAGAUUUUAAAAUAGCGUUAAUUUAAAAGUGGAGUUUGUAUACUUUGACUCUGAUAUGUGAA